AUGGAUGCUAAUAAGGCUGUAUCUAUAUCUGAGAGUCUACACAAGACCAGAGGAAUCCUUGACGAGUGUGUGCGCGACUUCGAGAUACAUGAACAACGGUCAGCUAAUGCAUUUGACAGAUAUGUCGUCGCCAGUUCUCGACUGAUGACACGGAGUCUAAAUGAUUAUGCACCAGACUUGGAACUGCGAUUACGUGAUGCAUUUCUGAAUGCAGUAGGAGUGGUUGAAUAUACACCCAGUGAUAGGCGAGGGAUAGUUGUCCUUGGAACCUGGAAGGUGUGUGAGGGUGUUCAUACUACCCUAAUGAUAUCUGAACCAAGUAUUGUUACAUCGUCGUGGCAUCUCACCGACGUACUACCAUCAGCGGUACAGACGUACAUUGAUCAACUAUGUACUGUUUCACACUCUACUCAUGCCAGAGACAUGGUAUCGGUUACUGAGUACGAUGGACAAACAGUGGUUCGUGGAAGAUACGCAUCUAUAGUUGUUGGAAUGAUGCAGGCCAAAGGCUACCCAAUUGACAACUGUAGAUGCGUUCUGAUACACUAUCGUGAGUACUCUCUGGUUGGAAUGGUGUCAUACAAUGGUAGUACGCAUUAUUAUACUCCGUCAAUACAAUCACAACGCAUACUCAAUAGCAAGAAGGAUCCUGCGGACUAUACGACAAUAGGAAAUGAUAUGCUGAGUGUGUACGCUUUCAGUCGAGACAAUACUACGGUACGUGUUAGCUCAAAUGAUGGAGUCCGAGUCGAGACUGGGAAGAAUGGCAAUGUUGGAAUGUCGCAUAACGGAAUACUCAGAUACUCGGCUGCUCCGAAUUAUGUAUAUGCAGCUCAUGCCAGAUUUUACAGAAUGAUCAUGAACACCAUGAAUGAUAAGCGAACAUGUGCGAAUUCGUUGACAGUGGUUGCAUAG